UCAUAGAAACUGGACAAAAAAAAAUCAUUGUAAAAAGACAAGUUUUCAGUGCCCACUUCUUUUUUCAAUGCCAAAGAUUAAUGUCAGUAUUCUGGCUCCAUAAAUAUUAAAAUACAUGAUUGACAAGGUGGGGAAAGGGGUGCAGUGCCGUUGCAGUAACGCACGGGGGCGCCGUUUCCAACACUUCAGCUCGGAUUUACCCUCCGGUUUUCCGCAUUGCUGCCGCAGCACAAGCUGUGAACAUGGCGUCGGCCCUCGGUCGCCUCGUCAGGCUGUCACCUCUCACAAAGUCCCCGUGGACCCGCUCCUCUCCGCCGUGCAGGACCGCGGUCUCCACGUCCUCCGGCGCGAUUCUCCCCAAACCCAAGAAGGGCGGGGCUGGGUUUCUGUGUGGCACUGGGGACCAGACCCCCUUCGGCCUAAUCCGGAUUGCUCUGGUAGUGGUUCCCUUCUUGUAUGUGGGGACUCAGAUCAGCAAGAACUUUGCAGCCCUGCUGGAGGAGCACGACAUCUUCGUCCCCGAGGAUGACGACGAUGAUGACUGAGGAAGGUGUAGCCUUCCUGGUUACCAGAUCAUCCUGUUUUUGUCGCUACGCGCUGCAGAGUUUCUACGAGCACAUAAAUGCCUUUCCUGAAUUUCCCCGUGCUGUGUUUUGAAGUCGCCUCAGUUCUGCACCGGAUUCAGAAUAUUUUGCUGUUACUGCCAGAGACGGGCCUGCACCAGCUGUGAUCACACCGCACUGUGUCUGCAAACACUACUCAAGUCUUAAUAAAAGGGAAUACCACUUGUAAAA